UAUUAAAGCUCCUCGACCAUAUAUGAAAUCGAGCAAUGUCAUCGUCAGCAUCCCUAAAACCACCCCCCGCGGGAUUGCCUCGACAACGCGUCGUCUCACCCUCAACCGGAACACCAGGCCCGCCGCCCCCUCCGCGCGCGCCUGUCUCGGUCCAUUCCACGACUACAGUCUCCGAAACAGCCACCUUCCACGGCACAUAUCCUAUCACAAUCGGCUCGGGCACGGUGAUCCACCCGCGUGCUCGACUAUACUCGUUUGAGGGGCCCAUACACAUCGGCGACGGGUGUGUGAUUGGCGAGAAAUGCGCCAUUGGCGACAAUGAACCAACUGCUCAGCCAGCCUCCGAUGCAGAGGGGAUAACGACGCGUCUGUCUUCAUCAGUGACGAUUGGACCCCAGACGACCAUACGUACCGGGGCAUAUAUCCGCUCAGCCGCUGCGGUUGAUGCAUUGGCGGUGGUCAAUCGGAAUGCGAUAGUGGGUUCGCAUAGCAAAGUAUGUUCGAGGUGUGAGGUACCAGAGAAAAGCACUGUUGAAGACUGGACUGUUGUGUGGGCUGCCGGGCAGGGGAUUGGACAGCGGAAAAGGAGGCGUCUUGUUGGUCCAGCUGCUGUUGUGUCUGAAAAAGACCAGCGACCGAAUGCGAAGCGAGUUGAGGAUGCCAGACUGGUCGUUCUGCACAAGGAACGUGAAGGGCUAGCGAAGAUGAUCAGUCUGUCAGCUAGUGGGGGGAAGCGACGGUGAUUUUGUGCCGUAAUUUUGAUAUGAUUCAUGAUUUACGAUUUCUUUCUGAUACCCAUACGGAGUGAAGAUAGGAGAGCUGCAGGGGGGCGCUGAUUCUAAUCUUGUGGAUAAAUGGCAUGGUAAGCCUCGUUCUAUGUAUCAUUACAGGAGUAGAAAAAAUACCACUGGAGAAUACAACUGGCC